AUGAGGUUGUUCUAGUCAGAUACAUUCCCAAAAAAAUAUGUGCAUGACUAGUAACGGAAAGUUACUAACCCUUCCCACUGGGCACAGAUGUCAGUUCAACGUCUGGUUUUGAUUUACAUUUGGUUGGAGUUGUCAACUAAAGUGAAUUCGAAUGCAAAAUCCACGAAAAAAAUUACAAUGUCAUUGAAUUUAGGUUAAAAAUACAAAAUCCCCUUAAGUUGAUGACUUUUUGCAAAUCCAAUCAGUUUUCCAUGUUGAUUAAAUGUUAUCACAUAUAUUCUUUGGGUUGAAAUAACGUGGAGACAACGUCGAUUCAAUCAGUUUUGCCCAGUAGGUGCAUACUUGUAUGCUUUCUGCCUGUAUACUUUAUACUUGUAAUCUGCUUUAUAUCAUAUUACUGUUUGUGAUUUCUUCACAUAUUUUAGCAAUCUAACUUGUAUAUUCAUAUAAAGUUUUAGAAGUAAUUUCCAAAGUGCUUUGUUUUGAUGUAGUUGAUGCAUUUUGUUUCUUCCAGGUAACAGUUCCCCUACCCUGACCGUCCUGCCCCCCUCUAGUGAGGAGCUGUCCAGUAAGUCAACAGCCACGCUGACGUGUCUGGCCAACAAGGGCUUCCCCUCAGACUGGACCAUGAGCUGGAAAGUGGACGGGACCAGCAAGAAGCAGGAGGCCAGUCCCGGGGUCCAGGAGAAGGACGGUCUGUACAGCUGGAGCAGCACACUGACUCUCACUGCCCAGGAGUGGACCAAGUCAGGAGAGGUGACCUGUGAAGCCCAGCAGAAAUCCCAGAGUCCAGUCACCAAGAUCCUGAGGAGGGCUGACUGUUCUGGGUAG